GUAACACCUCUCCUCUGGUCUUGCUCCGCCCGCCCCGCCCCGCCCGUGCCUGGAUUGGACCUGACGAGAGGAGCUCGCGCCCUGCCCUGUGGUGCCAGUGCCACUCACUAAUCGAGGCGUGCUUUUUUUUUUCCUUUUUAGGGUUCGUCGGCCGGCGCGGCGGCGGGCGCGUGUGCUGGUCCAGAGCUGCAUCGGCGGCUGGCGCGCUCUUCGCUCGGAACAUGGCCGGGAGGCACACCAUCAUUCUCAUGCAACCAUCGCAGAACAGAGCGACAAGAACAUUUAUGGACUUCAAUUCAGUUAACCAUGCACUGGAUGGAAUCUGUGGCCUUUACGAAAGGAAAAUCAGGGAUAUCAACCCUAUGGCCAGGGACUUAACUUAUGAUAUAAAUGACCUGUACAAUUUCAUCGAUGGCCUAACCGACAUAAGUGCACUAGUGUUCGACCGGUCGCUUCAUGCCUUCCUGCCAUACGACCGUCGGUGGAUAAAGCAGGAGAUGUUUCAGCACCUGAAGAGGUUAGCACAGCAGUAAAGCGUGAUCGAUCGCCGUUGGCAGGUGAAUCAGCAAACAAGCGUGAUCGCCGUGGUAUCCUGUUGCGGUUUGUUUCGUGGUGUGAGAUAUCUGGGAUUUGUUUCUUGUAAGAAAAACGCGAGGUUUUGGGUCGCCAGCCUCCUGUCGUAUCCGAUGCAGUAUUCUGGCUUUGAAUGGAAUGGUUUGCCUCUGUCUGUCUGUGUCUAUGACAGUAUCAUACUAUCUUGUGAGCACCUUUGGAAUUCAUGAAUUUUACAGAAUUUUCACAUGA